CUGCCUUCUGCAGUUACUUCAUUCCCUUGGAAUUGCCUCCUUGGUCCUCAUCUUCACUCCGCUCGUAUCUGUGGAAUUCAGCGAGUUCUUCGUUAGCAGUUUUAUCAAAAGUUUACGCUUGGUCAGCUCUUGCAGCCCAAGGCUUCAGCUACUUUAUCUGCUCAUGCUAAACGAGACUAUUCGGGGAGAAGAGUACAGUUAAUCAAAUUUCUUCUGUAACACCAGCAUUGAGCUGCCCAGACCCCCCUGCCUCCGCCUGCCCCGGUGGCCCCGCACGCCCGCUCUCCCUUUGUGACGCCACAGGCCAGCGGGGCCCGGGGGGGCGGACGGCCCAUGGCCACGGCCGUGCCUGACGGCGGCGGCAGCCACAAUGUGACCAAAGGUCGUCUGCACCGCCCCGGCAGUGCGGCAGCACUGCAGAUCCGCCACCGUGCCCAGCGUGCCCUCCUGCCGUGCAGAGUCGGUUCCUCCUUCGCCUAACGCCGGGGCAGGAAGUGUGGGGUGAGAACUGGGGAGUGCGGGCUGCGCCCUGCCGGGGACCAGGCAGCCAGCCAGUCCCACGGGAGCCACCGCCAUGGCCCGGCGGGAGAGGGAGCGGGAGCCAGGCUUGGCAGAGCAGAGGAUAGCUGGCAUUGCCCAGACGUUCGCCUUCCUGGAAGCCGCCCAGCCCCAAGCGAGGAGCCUAGCCCGCAGGUCCCAUCUCUGGCCAGCCGCCACGGAGAGCAGGGAGCGUUUCCACCCGCUGCAGAAGAUGGACACCACCAGGAGCUUCAGCCGGGGCAGCCAGAGCCCAGGGAGCUGGGGUAGGACUGCGGGCAGGCUCUCCGUUGGCUCCGGCAGUACCCGGAGGAAGGAGCUGAAGGAAAUCCUCCUGCAGAGCAAUAGCCCCAGCAGCACCAAGCGCUUUUCUACCACUCAGAAGACAUCUAACAACAGCAGUGUCCUUGCAGGGCUGCAACAAGAGCAGAAGCCUGAGCAGAGCCCCGAGGUGCUGUCCCUUGCCCUGGAUCCCCUGGAGCACGAGUGGCUGCUGACGGUGGCCCAGGGUGACGCGGACAACAUUGUCAGGCUGCUGGACCUGGAUCCCAGCCUGCUGACCAGGAAAGACUUUGUGACUGGCUUCACCGCUCUCCACUGGCUUGCCAAGCACGGCCACCACGAGCGCUUCAUCCAGGUCAUCUCCCAUGCCCAGAAGAAGGGCUAUCCCGUCAACGUGAACAUCCCCACGGCCAGUGGCGGGCUCACCCCUUUGCACCUGGCCGCCCUGCAGGGACAUGAGCUGCUCAUCAAAGUGCUUGUGGGAGCCUAUGGGGCGGACACCAGCUGCAGGGACCACAGCGGUCGCAAGGCUUGGCAGUACCUGAGGGCGGAUGCCUCCAGGGAGCUGAAGGAGCUGGCGGGGGCCUUGGAGGAGGACUUGGUCCAGCUGCGCUCUCACAACACCAACAACAACUGGAGAGCGGGUGCAGACAUGCAGACCGUGCCACCAAGCUGCAAAUGCUUUCCAGCCCUCUGUGAGAUCCCAGGGUCUCCGCCACAUGCACCUCCUCUGGGUUGCUGUUUGUUUAUGAGAGAUAAAACUAUUUCUCAGUAAAGUAAGAGCUGGAAUGCCUGGUUUGCCACAGGAGGCCGGGCCCAGAAGUCUUUCAAAGUUGCAAGGCAAGUCCCCCUGGCAGCCCUUCCCUAGGGACCCCCGUCCAGGGGAGCCUGAGACGCUCAGCCCCGCAGGGGAUGGAGGAGGCAGGAGGGACACCCAAUGGGGUGGCACGUGGUGGCUCCUGCAGGGACUAGAGUCCAGGAGCAGUGCUGGGAAGAUGACUCAUUGCUCAAAACCAUGGAAAAGGUAUGAAGGCUGUGAGAUUAUCUUUGUUGCUACUGAGGUCAUGCUCAAAAAUGAAACUCUUGUGAAAUGUCCCUACAGCAGCAUAAUCCCGCGUGUAUGUACCGGUAACUGCAUUAAAAGGGCAAAGCCUCUGCUCGCCUGCUUGUGUUUUGUUCACCAAAUGGAGCUCUGCCCAGCUUAUUUCAACUUGCUUUUCAUGUUCUCAAAGGCCAGGGCUGCUUCAAAACGUCUUCAGAAAAACAAGGGCCCCUUCCUCUUUUUCAUCAUCAUGAGACCAUUUCUGCCCCCUUAAAUAGCAGUCCCAUUUGAGAAGUGACUCAGGCCGCAACCAGGGAGUUUCUGUUCCCCAUCGCAGAGCAACAGCCCUUGUGGAGUCACCUCGCGUUGGAGGGGAGUCGUGGUUUCUUUCUAGCUGCCUUUCUGGGGGUCUGCAGAGGUGACUGAGGGACUUGAGGUGAUCUCUGGCCUCGCUGCGCGGGUGAAUUUGCACCUUGAUGCAGAACGGUACACGGAUAACUUCCUUGGAGGAACUUGAGCCUGUGGGUUUCACAGACCCUAAGCAAACCCCAUUUAUAUUCAGAUUGUGCUCUGAAAUGCUGCUUGGACACAGGAAUAACCCAGUCUGCAGCAGAUGAUACAUGGAAGAACAGCCUCGAGAUGAGUGGAUAGUGAUCCAGUGCCGGGAUAGUAUCCAGUCCAGGUGACUGGGUGGACACAUAGAUGUCUGGACAUCUUUUUAAUCGGAGACACACAAAACACACUGUGAAUG